CGGAGCGGAGCCGGGGUUGCACCGGGAAUCCGAGCCGGAGCGGAACCUAAGCCGGACCGGCGAGCGAGCGAGCUGGGCGGCGGCGUGCAGCGCCGUUGAGGGCGCUGCCCCGCGCGCUCUCAGGCCGCCACGGUGUCUGGGGCACUUCAAAGGAGGAUCAGCUCCCGGGGCCGAAGAGCGGGGGUCAGGCGUGGGUGCUGCCGAGGGUGCAAGGCCGGAUCGGAGCCCCAGCCCGACGCGUAGGUUGGCGCUGGGGGUCGGGGUCUGAGGCUUGGGCGCUGCCUGGGCCGAGCGGAGAUCCGCGUUUGCCUCCCGUCCCGGCUUAGGACCGCGAGUGGGUGACGCGGCCCCGGGAGCAUGAGCGGGCAGCGCGUGGACGUCAAGGUGGUGAUGCUGGGCAAGGAGUACGUGGGCAAGACGAGCCUUGUGGAACGAUACGUGCACGACCGCUUCCUGGUGGGGCCCUAUCAGAACACCAUCGGGGCUGCCUUCGUGGCCAAGGUGAUGUCCGUCGGAGACCGGACAGUGACUUUGGGUAUUUGGGACACAGCAGGCUCUGAGCGCUACGAGGCCAUGAGCCGAAUCUACUAUCGAGGUGCCAAGGCUGCCAUCGUGUGCUAUGACCUCACAGACAGCAGCAGCUUUGAGCGAGCAAAGUUCUGGGUGAAGGAACUGCGCAAUCUGGAGGAGGGCUGUCAGAUAUACCUGUGCGGCACUAAGAGUGACCUGCUGGAGGAGAACAGGCGUCGUCGACGUGUGGACUUCCAUGACGUCCAGGACUAUGCAGAGGGUAUUAAAGCUCAGCUCUUUGAAACAUCCAGCAAGACGGGCCAGAGCGUGGAUGAGCUCUUCCAGAAAGUGGCAGAGGAUUACGUCAGUGUGGCUGCCUUCCAGGUGAUGACAGAGGACAAGGGCGUGGACCUGGGCCAGAAGGCAAAUCCCUACUUCUACAGCUGUUGUCAUCACUGAGUCACCACCCAGUGGCUUGGAAUUCCCCAAAAGGGCUGGACCCAGCUCUUGUCUGGACUUGGGUGGUCAAAUGUCUGUGCUACCCCAGGUCCCCAUGGCAGCAGAAGUGGCACCUGCCUGUGCUGGCCCAUGGAACGGAGGCAGCAUUGGGUUGACUGAUGGGCAUGAGGGGGACUGAUUUGGACCCUGGGCUUCUGCUCUGGACAGCACUUAUGUCUGCAGAUUACUUAAGUGGCUUUUGAUCUGUAAAUAAAAUCAAUGCACUGUGAAUCACA